ACCUACUCCUUGAGAAGACAGAGAGAAAACGUAAUCGUCAUUACUUGGUCAACUUCUUCUUCUUCUUCUUCCCUGCCAUGCCACUGUUCGUUCACUGACAAUUCCUAUUGAGUGAGAGAGAGAGAUGGAAUCGACGGUGGUCGCUGGCCCAGUGAUCAAGGUCGCAGCGAUCUGCGGGUCACUUCGAAAAGCUUCUCUCAAUCGAGGCCUCCUUCGUUCCGCGAUCGAGAUAUGCGAGGAAUCGGUGAAGGGGAUGCAAAUAGAGCUGAUCGACGUAUCAUCCCUUCCGAUGAUAAACACGGACCUCGAAGUCGACGGCAGGUUCCCGCCGGCGGUGGAGGCUUUUCGCCAGAAGGUUCUGGCAGCCGACAGCAUCCUUUUUGCUUCCCCUGAGUAUAACUACUCCGUGACUCCACCAUUGAAGAAUGCAAUGGACUGGGCAUCUAGACCACCAAAUGUUUGGGCCGAUAAGGCAGCUGCCAUUGUGAGCUCGGGAGGACCUUUCGGUGGGAGACGAGCGCAGUAUCAUCUCCGUCAAAUUGGAGUCUUUGUCGAUCUUCAUUUCAUCAACAAACCCGAAUUCUCUGUGAACAGAUUCGAACCACCGACGAAAUUCGACAGUGAGGGAAACUUGGUUGAUCCAGAGACAAAGGAGAAGCUUAAGCAGGUUCUUCAAGCACUGCACAGAUUUACGUUACGACUGCAGGGUCCGUGAUGUGAAACUUAAAUACUCUGCAUCAUUGGUAUCUAUCUUAUUCAGCAAUAUUGAGGACAUCAAAUUGAUGUCUUGACGAUGAACACCAAAUCCACAAAAGCAAGGGCUGUAUUAGUAAAUAAACAUUCCUCCGAGGAAUGACAAAUAAUGGAGUGGAGUACAAUGAAUUGGAUUC